GUAAGAGGAGGGAGGGGGUGAUUGGAUUGUAACUUUUGUGAAAGAGAGAUUGACAGUUUGGGAAAGUCUCCAUCCAAUGAAAGAGAGCUUUUUCUCUAACAUGAAGUUUGACCCACAACUUCCGUCCCCCAUGACAAAGCUGUGAAAUCUCUUUGCCAACGCACAGACCCAACUCCGUGGGGGGAGAGGAUUCAGAGACGCAUCACUCUGCUGAUUUUCGAUCCGUUCACCGCCUUCUCUCUUCCCCAUUCAAUCAAAAAUCGCAAAAUCUCAGAUGGGUUUGAUUGAUUCCAUCAGGUCUAUCAAUUGGGAGCAUGAAUCAUUCCCAUCCUAUGACGAUUUCUUCUUUCUUCCCCUUUUUGCGCUUCUCUUUCCCACUGCUCGGUUUUUUCUCGACAGACUUGUCUUUGAGAAAGUGGGAAGAAGAUUGAUCUUUGGAAAAGGCCAUCAGCUGAUGGAUGUGAAUACAGCUGAGAAACGGAAGAAAAUAAGAAAAUUCAAGGAGUCGGCCUGGAAAUGUAUUUAUUUUCUUACUGCAGAGCUGUUGGCUCUGUCUGUUACAUAUAACGAGCCAUGGUUUACUAGCACAAAACAUUUUUGGGUAGGACCAGGAGAUCAGGUCUGGCCUGACCAAACAGCUAAGUUGAAAUUGAAGGCAGUAUAUAUGUAUGCUGCUGGAUUUUAUUCGUACUCCAUAUUUGCUUUGAUUUUUUGGGAAACAAGACGUUCAGACUUUGGGGUGUCCAUGAGCCACCAUGUGGCAACUCUCAUUCUCAUCGUACUUUCCUACAUUUUUAGAUUUGCUCGUGUAGGUUCUGUGGUUCUCGCUCUUCAUGAUGCAAAUGACGUGUUUCUGGAGAUAGGAAAGAUGUCCAAAUACAGCGGUGCCGAGAUGGUUGCUAGCAUUGCAUUUGUAGUAUUUGUUUUAUCUUGGUUAUUGUUACGUCUCAUCUACUAUCCAUUUUGGAUCCUCUGGAGCACAAGUUAUGAAGUUCUCCUUGUUUUGGACAAGGACAAACAUCCAGUUGAUGGACCAAUCUACUAUUAUCUGUUCAAUACUCUUCUAUAUUGCCUCUUGGUUCUUCACAUAUAUUGGUGGGUGCUAAUGUACCGAAUGCUUGUUAAACAAAUCCAAGCUAGAGGACAGAUUAGUGAAGAUGUUCGUUCAGAUUCUGAGGGUGAGGACGAGCAUGAAGAUUGACAAGGAACAAUCCAUGCAGAAAAUACUGUUGUAUACAUGAAAGAUGAGAUAGAGAUUAGUCAUACAAUGUGGUUCUUACCAAAAUGAAUAUUUCGGUCGGAAUUUUCUCGUGGCAUCAUCUAGUUGGAAUAACCGUGUAUCAAUUCGUGAGUACAUUCCAGGUUAGAGGAGGAUGCAAGAUGGAGAAGGGUUGACAAGUAGAGGGGAGGGAAUUUGAAUAUUGAUUUAGAGAUUUUGGCCUAUGCAACUAAAUGGUCAAACUUUUUCUUGUUUUGGCAUUGAUUUAUUGCAGAGGUGUUGUGUUAGCUUGAUUGAAACUAAGAUAUCAGAUACUUGUGGAACUGAAAUGUUUACACUUGAUUUGAUUAUUCAUUCUUUCUUAUUUACUGAA